GGUCUCCACCAGACUCUCUACAGUGGACCACAGUGCCCCUAAUUACUUCCUAUGAUUGCAAAAAAUCGUACUUUGAUAUCAUCACACCUCGCAUGCUGUGUGCUGGUUUGGUAGAGGGUGGACAUGAUGCUUGUCAGGGUGACAGUGGUGGCCCACUAACUACAAAGCAGAAGUCACUCUUCUGGUUAGUUGGCGUCACAAGCUGGGGAUACGGAUGUGCCAGACUAGGAAAGCCAGGAGUGUAUGCAAAGGUCACAACAUUUCUGGACUGGAUUUACCUGCAAUUCAAG